GUUCGUAGCGGUUCGUAGUCCGCUCGCAUUGAGACGAUUCAGUCACACAGUCAGCAGAGCUAAGGAAAAAUUAUACAGAGACGUAAAUAGCGAUCGAAGAAAAGUUUUAGUAAUCUAGCGAAAAUCGGGUUUUCCGUCGUGUUUUCGAUAAUUGCUUUACCGAUAAAAAUUGAAAGAUUUCACGUCCAUCUGGACGAGUGCUCCGUGGUAGGAGUUUGAAAAAGUCUUGUUGGGAGAGAAAUAGGGAUUCGGCCAAUCUUUCCGAUUGGUUGACGAAUGGCUGUAUAGAAAAUUUUCUGUGAAGUUAUUUCUUCUGGUCCAUUCGCCGUCCGUUUUUCUAUCUAUUGCCAGCAUCGUUCAGAGGGAGGAUAUCAGUGAUUGUGUCUAGAAUAUAAGUAAAUGUUGCACUUUUUUGCAACUAGCUCUUGUUUUCUUUAGACGAAAAGAAGGCCUCCGUGUUAUGGCAGAUGAAAAAUAAUGCGAUUCCGUGGGAAAAAGUGAGCUGCAAGUUGCUAGAAGGAAACAUUGUUGAAACCAGAUAGCGAACGGGAAGUUGCGGUGAGGGUGGGAGUGAUCUUCCUGAUGUUCAUCGAUUUUGAAUCAAAAUAAAGGAUAUUUUCCUAUCGGAUUUGUGCUCUGUGUAAUUAAAUGCUUUUCGACAUAAGUGUAUGUGUGUUUUCCCACUGGAAAUAAAUCACAUAAGAACAUGUGUUGAUCGUUAUUAGAGUGAUCUGAAUUUUGUGAAAGAAACACAAAAUCUUGCCAGAAAAGGAAUAUACUACUCUCGAAGAGCAACAGAAGUCGAAUUAGAAAAAGAGAUGGCGAACCCUCGUAAAUUCAGCGAGAAGAUUGCUUUGCACAAUCAGAAACAAGCGGAAGAGACUGCAGAAUUUGAGCGAAUUAUGCGGGAAGUUUCAGAUGUCACAUCCAAGGUCUCAAGGAGUGUAAACCUUACACCUACUUUGGGUGCGUUGGGCACAUUCCGAGGAGGGUCACUUCCCAACGUCAACAACGAUAAUGACGAAUUCCUGGAAAAGGUUGAUGAUAGCAACACACUAACAGAACUAAAAUCAUACACACAACUGGAGAAUAUUAAACUGAAGAAGGAAUCGGUGCCUAAACCCAACACUCCAUCAAACCAUAGCAGGGAAUCGAGAGGUCGUACGCCUGGUGGUCCUAUGAGGAAUCGACAAUCGAGCCGGAACCAUGACACAUCACCCUAUGGCAACAAUUCGGUGCAUCUCAUACCCCCAAUGGAAAACAAUUGGCAUCGAUCGAUAUCCGAUUCCGCCAUCCAUCAAAGUUUAUGUCAAAACCAGCAGGAUUCCAGCCAUCUAAAUACACACUCACCGCUAACGUUAAGUCCCACAGUUCAAAGAAAGAUUUCAAAUGCUCAAAGUAUCUCCAAAGUUCAUCACAUGACAUCGAACCACAUUGAGAACAAUUCAACGCAUGAUCUACGCUCCCGAUCAUCGACCGGUUUAACCAGGUUACCAGGAAUAAAUAUUUAUCCUUCCCAAAACCAUUCGGAUGCUAUACAAAUUCCCAUCCCCAAUAAUACGGGUUCACUGCCGGAUUUGACGUCGGUGGGUUAUUCUAUGUAUCCAUCGUCGUUGGAUCAGGAGUACGAUCAUAAUGCGCAAAAUAGUAGUUACUGUCCAAGUCCUCUUGGUACAUCUCCGUCGUCGUUAUCGCCCACGUCGGCUGUACAAAACCACCAUCCACACUCACGGCCAAAUAAUUUUGGCGGUGGCGGUGGAGGGGGAGGAGGCUAUCCGAUUCCAACCAGCAGUCAUCCCAACAGUGGCAACGUCAGUCCAAGCAACAACAACAACACCAGUACCACUAAUCUAAACAGCACUACCAACACCAGCAGUAGUAGUAACCAUAUCAGCGUUAAGAAUAAAAAUAAAAAGCCAAAAUCUAGUCAACCUUUUUUAUCUGUACCAGAUAGCAAUAUAUUUACGUUUAUGUCAAAGAUUAGCGCUGAUAAUUGGUCAUUGUCGCAGGGUAACAAUACUUACGAUGUGAGUCAGUCGCCUCAGCCGCAGCAGCAGCAACAGCAACAACAGCAGCAGCAGUCACCGCAGCAACAACAAAGGAUACCAACAUUAGAACAGAUAAGUUACGAUAAUUGCAGUCAAUUCAACGAUGGAAUGUCGUCACCGAACCAACAGAAUUCACCUGAAAACAUACUGUAUGGAUCUCAUGGGAAUGUGUCACCGCAUAUGAUGCUAGACUACCGAAAUCGACCGAGCCCUGGUUCCAGUCCUGGUCUCGUACCCAUCACAGACUCAAAUUCUAGUGCGCCAUGUAGUCCAGUAUCUCAAAGUAUAGGGAAUCACAAUGGACAAUCUUAUGACAAGUAUCCAUCGAGUGACGUUUACGUUCAGAACACCCUGCCCCAACACUUGGAAACGAUAACGCUGGACUGGACUACUUUGGUUCAAAGUCUUGUCGAAUCUGGAUGUACGUUAACCGCCCAAGUUCAGGGAGACAAUGCGUUAUCAUCGGACUUCGCAGCGAACCAUCUUGUAUUCGGAACGUUUGAGGAUUCCUACCUUACAAUGAACAACGAUCUCAUUUUGCGAACGGAUACGUCUCACCAACAGCAGCAGCAGCAGCAGCAACAGCAGCAACAGCAACAGCGACAACAACAGCAGCAGCAGCAGCCAUCGUCACAGCAGCAAUCGUCGCACAUAAAUACGAUUAACUGCUGUCAGCUUCCGAACAAUGUGAAUCAUCAGAAUCACCUGAGUAGCCAUACAUACAGUCAUACUCACAAUGGUAGCAAUGAACCACUGCUCAGCCUACAAACAGCACCUCAAAUCCAGCCAACUCCCACCACGAUACCAGAGAUUGUGUUUACGGAUUUCUCGACGAGAGACGACUUUGAGGCUGAUCUCGGUUUGGGUCAGAUGGAUUUUCAAAGUUUUCAAAUGCUUUCCGACACCGGUACCAUGAUCGAUCCGAUGGACGACGACAGCUUUCGUCGGGAGCUUCAGUGAGACGACGAUGAAAUUCGCCAGGCCGACAAGAUGACAAGGUUACAAGCUUUUGUUACUAUGCUAUAAGUUAGGUAUUUUCGUUUAUGAUAUAAUCAAAACGUGCAUGUAAGAACAGAACAGGCUUUCUCUGCUAGAAAGAAGCACUAGCACUAGCAGUUUUAGAGAUGGUUCAUUUUUUUUUGUAAUAAGAAUUAUGCUUUUAAGAUACGUAUGGAACCAAAUGUGACGAAUCGUGAAUGCAGUCAGUGCUACAAGUGGUUAGAAUAUUUUAGCGUUACGUUUUCAGUCUAAGCACGGAGUGUUACUUGAGAAAAGGAAACUUACAAGUAAGUUUUACGAUAGUAAUAGGACGAAACAGUGAAUAGGUUUAAUACUAUUCAACAAUAAGAUAGAAGAAUCGAAUUUAGACAUCGCCUUGAGCAUGAGGAAAACAACAAAUUCAAAAUUUUAAACUGCAGUAAACAAUAACUGUGUGAAGCACAAAUCAAGUUUGUAUACUUUUACCUUCGCGUCGGCGCAAAUUUUUCGGUUCUGUGUUGAUCAUUAGACAUUACUUACCCGUAAAAUAGAAUGAUAUUUCAUGUACCAAAUUUAGCGAAUUUAUACAUGGCCAUGGAACAUAUUUUCACAGCAUAGGACCUAGGCAGGCAACUUUCGAGAGUAGUGUAACGCGUAUGCGAGACAAGCCUGUUAUUUUUAGCAGAAAAGAAACAAGAGGGACGAAAGUAUACCAUACUGUUGUGAACGAUCGUUUCAAAGCAACACUUCAAACCGAUUCGUGACUGAGAGAUGUUUUAUGCAUGAGUCUCAAUCUUUAGUGCGAAACACUAAGGAACGAUAAUAAAGUGUAUUUAGAUAGAAAGGUGUGUGGGUGUUUUUUCAGAGCCUUUUCAAACAAAAAACGAUACAAAAAAAAACAGAAAGUGUGUAUAAUUUCAAAGAGAAAAGUUGAAGAGGUAAAUAUCGUAACAUAUCAAACCCAUCUUUCUACUUUAACGGUAAGAAAACAAAUCCCUUAACCGAUCUGACAAAAAAACACAUUUGAACAAAAUAAACCAAACAAGUAACAGUAAACAAAUGAACGAAAUAACAAUUCGAAUAAUGAACAUUUUCCCAAGAUACUGCUCUCUCUUCUCUCUAUAUCUUUCCAAAAGUCUUGCAUUUUUAUCUAGCAUAACCGGUCCAGUACUGUGUCUAGUUAUAUGCUGAAACCGAACCUCUAGUUCAUAAUAUACCAACAAUUUCUCUUUUUCUAUCUGAUUCGUUCUGACAACAACAAAUCGAUUAAGCAUUAAAAUCAUGUUAAAGACAAUUCAAUACUUUGAAAAAGAUAUCUCCAGAUCAUUAUACCACAAAUUUUUCACUCAAAAGGGUAAAUGAACAAUUAAACAACAGAUGGGAGAACCUAUAAAGUCAUUGUUAUUGUACUACGAACACUUCAACCGAGAAUAAAACAUUGAGAGUUAAUGUGUAUUUAAGGCCAAAAUAGUAUAAAUUAUGGUUCUGCGUUUAUGCUUUGAAUCUUUUUCUAACAAAUGUUUUUUUGUGAGCAGACUAGCUGCUGUUCACACAUUCGUUUUUUACAAUUAUUUUGAGUGAGGGUCAUGUGACCAAUGUUGAUCUUAUACUCUAUUCGCAGAUAGUUGAUGAUUUUUCAAUUUGUUUUAUUUCUCUCUUCCCAAUUUCAUUUCAUGAUAUUCAUGUUUUGGAAAUUCUCUUGGAACCCUGUUUACUAACUUGUUCUGUUCAUUUAUGAAUGAGAUUGAUGAAAGUAUGACUAUAGUAAAUAUUUUUCGAGAAAACUAUAUACAAUUAGAGCAUUAAUUUUAACCAUCGUGAGUACCUUUUGAAUGCGAUCCAAAAUCUAACGUUGAUAUGCUGUGUGAACACAAAAAGAGAAAAAAACAAGAAACAACAACAACAAAAAAGGAAAAGAGAAUUCGCACAAGUUUAUUCCAGCUUGCGCCUUACGUCUCUGUAAGUGUACCUUUUGUAUAGACUUAUUUUUUAAAUCAGAAAAAAAAAACAAUAUUGAACGAUAUUUAUAAUUGAGCUAAAAUGGAUGUAAAUAUUUAAAUGAGAUGAACCUAGAGUAUGUAACCACAUUUGCCACAAUUUCCCUUUACAUGCAAAAACUUGUUAUCGAAAAUAUUUAAGAAAAUGCCCUUGAGUUUAGGACUAGUUACGGCAUUCAAACUUAAAAUUUGUUAAUGUUUCCAAAGGUGUAUUAGACUAAGCCAAUAAACUGGAAUACGCGACUAGAAAGGGAGCACCGUACCGUACAGCUGUGAAUCGUGAUUGGAUUUUAUUCACACUAUCAGAUGAGAGACCCGACAAUGAACUGAAUAGCGAGAUCAGCAAUCGUUACUUUUGUGUUUGUCAAUUAUCGCAACGAGAUUAUGGAUUUCUGCAGGAUGUUCUAGACACAUGUUUUUGUUGUACAACUACCAAAAUCCUGCAUACGUUGGUUUAAUUAUGUUUCAAAGUAGUCCGAAGUGUACAGAUGCUAAUUAAAGUCAUUCAAGCUCA